AUGGCUGCCCAAGCACCAGCCGAAGAUCGGGCCGGCGGUCCUACCAUCGACUCUAUCGAACCUGUCCGCGAGACACAAGCACAAGCGAACACGGUCCAGGAGAAGGCGGCCCAGUUCCUUGCGGAGCACGGAGGAGGCGAUACGACCUUCACUUAUGAAGAAGAACAAGCUGUGCUGAAGAGAAUCAAUCUUCGCAUCUUGCCUCUGAUUCUUGGAGCGUACUUCUUCCAGCAAAUGGACAAGAGUUCUCUCAGCUAUGUCUCCAUCUUUGGCAUCAAAGAAGACGCCCACCUGGUUGGGAAACAAUACUCCUGGCUCGGUUCGAUCUUGUACAUUGCUCAACUCGUCAUGCAACCCGUUGCGGCCUGGAUCCUCGUCAAACUACCCAACGGAAAGGUCAUCGCCACUGCCAUCCUCUUAUGGGGUUCAUCGCUGGCCAUCAUGUCCUCCUGCACCAACUUCAGCUCCCUUCUCGGCCUGCGAUUCAUGCUCGGCUCUUUCGAGGCCAUGAUUGCACCGUCGUGCCUGGCCGUCACGACUACAUGGUGGAGGAGAAGCGAGCAGACGCUGGUUACGAGUUCCUGGAACGCCAUGAACGGCGUGACGUUUAUCGUCGGAAGUCUGUUCACCUACGGCCUGGGCCACAUCAACAGCGACAAGCUCUACAAGUACCAGAUUAUCUUCUUGUUCUGUGGCCUACUUACCGUCACCUACUCCUUCAUUGUUCUCAUCUUCAUGCCUGACUCACCCAUGUCCGCCAAGUACCUGACCGAGAGAGAAAAGGUCAUCGCCGUUGAGAGACUUCGAGCAAACCAGAUGGGUAUCCAGUCUGGAGUCUGGCGCUGGGACCAUGUCUGGGAAACGUUCCUGGACCUGAAGACCUGGUGCUGGUUUAUUCUCAUCAUCGCCAUCUCCAUCGCUAGUGGUGGCAUUUCCACCUUUGGUAACUUGAUCGUCCAGUCAUUUGGAUACAGCAGUUUCACAACCAUCCUGUUCAAUAUUCCCUUUGGAGCCAUCCAGAUCAUCGCCAUCAUGGGGAGCGGUUGGGUCGCUACCCGGAUUCAAAAGAAGGGCAUCGUCAUUGCGGGCGUGGCAAUCAUCCCAGCCAUUGGUACUGUCCUGAUGCUUACUGUACCGCGUGAACACAAAGGUGUUUUGCUGUUCGGAUACUACUUGGUCUCUGCACUGGCCGCCAUUACGCCUCUAAUUUUUACAUGGCAAGCCCAGAACACCGCCGGCGACACCAAGAAGAAGACCACAUCUGCCGUAGUCUUCAUCGGCAUGUGCACGGGCAACAUCAUCGGGCCGCUGUUGUACUCCGUUGAUGACGCCCCGGUGUACCGUCCCGGCUUGAUCUCCAACCUCAUCAUGCUGAUUCCUCUUUACCUCAAGUACCUCAACGUCCAGCAUGCCAAGCGCCGCGCGGCACUCGGCAAGAGCACAUUGAUCGUUGACGAGUCGAUGAUGCGCAACAAGGAUAAGCAGCAAGGCAAGGCGGUUGAAAUUGAAGAGGACCCAAGUGAAGUCCAGCCUCGUGCGAUUGAGGAAGAUCACGGCCUGCAGGAUAUGACGGAUCUGAAGAACGAGGACUUUAUUUUUGUGUACUAG